AUAUGUGCACUGAAUUUGGCAGUUAUGAUACUUAUUUCUCUGGCUCUCUGUUUACCGGCGAUCUCCUCCCUUCUUGCAUUGCUUUUGUGCUUUUUCGUAUCGGUUUUUGUGAUACUUCGAAUGCUUUAUCAGAUGCACUUUGUGGUGGAGCGUGAGCUGGUUGUCGAUCCCGAACACCUAAUAUGCAAUUCAUCCGAAUUCAAUUUUGACGCCAUAGUGCACUGGUUUGGCUUCCGAAAAGUUUCUGUGAUUGGGGAUUAUUUGCAAGGAUUGAUUGCCAUGUUAGUGGCACUAGCACUGCAAGCAAUUGUAAUCUAUCGACAACGAAAUAAGCGCAUGCUGCUGGGAAUAUCGACACCACCUCGAGGGAUUAUAUUCCCGGAAGCGGACCCAAAACAUUGGGACGCCAGUUUGCUUGAUAUGAUCAAGUUCUUCUUCAAUUAUGGAUUCUACAAAUUCGGUUUAGAGUUGUCGAUGACGAUGAUGGUGGUGGUGGCAUGGGUGCGUAUGGAUCUGCUUGGUACACUUCUCCUCAUUUGGCUGCUGCUGUUUUCUCUCUCCUCACGUGUGGCGUGUCGACGACUUUGGCCUCUGUUCCUUUUGUAUCUUGCCGUUCUGUUCCCCCUGCAGUAUGCACUAUAUGUUGGUCUUCCGCCUUCUCUUUGCAUCGGUAUGCAUUUUCAUUAA